GGUGGGUGGGCAGAGGGGAGGUUUUGCCAACCUUUUGGCUGCUGAGGUCAAGAUCGGGCUUCCCCCCCACCCCCAAACAAUCUUGGGGGUGGGCGGAGCCUCAGACAGAUGCUGCCUCUCCUCUUCCCUCCCACCUGCUCCUCGGUCGCUGGAGCGCUCUUGAUUGGGUCUAGAGGCUCAAGUGGCCCCUACCCCAGUGCUGGAGAAGUCUCCUCCUCCUCUCCUUACGCAACAGGUGCAGGGUGGGUGACUGCGUCUGUUUUUAUGACCCGUGAGGCUCCAGUGAGCUGGCCAAGGCUGCCCUCUGGAUAAGGGGUGAUGAGUCAGUCGGCGCUGUACUUCCGCUAGCUGCCUCCAUUCUCCUAGGUUCCAGGAACUGUAGGACUGGGAUAUCCUUACCUCUCGCAGGCCCCUCCAGAAAAAACAAACAGUCAAUCAAACAAACAAACAAGAGUCCAGUUGGCCCUGGGAGCAGGGAAGGGAGUGCUGAUUACUGCGGCGCUGUGUCCUGACCUACGCCCACCAGUCAAGAAGAUCACCCAAGAAGAUGUCAAAGUGAUGUUAAGUUUGCUAGAGGAGAGAGAGCGGGACCUGAACACGGCAGCUCGCAUUGGCCAGUCCCUGGUGAAACAGAACAGUGUUCUGAUGGAGGAGAACAGCAAGCUGGAAGCCAUGCUGGGCUCGGCCAGGGAGGAGAUUUUACGUCUCAGACACCAGGUGAGCCUGCGGGAUGACCUCCUUCAGCUUUACUCAGACUCUGAUGAUGAGGAGGAGGAGGAGGAGGAGGAGGAGGAAGAAGAGGAGGAAGAAGAAGAAGAGGAGGACGAGGGGGAGGAAGAAGAAGAAGAGGAGGACGAGGGGGAGGAAGAAGAAGAGCAGGGGCAUGAUCAUCCCUAUGAAGCCUCAGACCUGACUCCUCUGACAGAGUCAGAGUCACACCGCUGCCCGCAGCUGGAGGCCCUGCAGGAGCAGCUGCGGCUGCUGGAGGAGGAGAAUGAGCAGCUGCGAGAGGAGGUGAGGAUGGGGGAAGAGGGCGUGCCCGUGGGCAGGGGGUGUUGCCUCCCCUGCCCCUUCCUCUCUCCCUCCCUGCAGGUCUCUCAACUCGAUGACCUUGAGGAGGAGGAGCAGAUGUUCAUCCUGGAUUGUGUGGAGCAGUUUUCGGAGGCCAGCCAGCAGAUGGCCGAGCUGUCGGAGGUGCUGGCACUCAGGAUGGAGAACUAUGAACAGCAGCAGAGGGAGGUUGCCCAGCUGCGGGCCCAGGUCAUGAAGCUGCAGCGGUGCUGCCGGUCGUGUGGGGCUGAGGCUGAGAAGUUGCAGCAGCAGCUGGCUUCGGAGAAAGAAAUCCAGAUGCAGCUCCAGGAUGAGCUGCAGGACCUACGGGAGAAGUACUCCGAGUGUGGGAGCAUGCUGAUUGAGGCCCAGGAGGAGGUGAAGACCCUCCGCCAGCAAGCGUCCACUGGCUCUGUCACCCACUACACGUACACUGUACCUCUGGAGGCACUUCCUGAUUUCCAGGAGACCCUGGCUGAGGAGCUCAGAAUGUCUAUAAGGAGGAUUAUCUCAGACCCUGUGUUUUUUAUGGAAAGGUGCACUCUGGGCCCCAGACCUUUGCCUGCCCUGCACCCACUCUUGCCUACCUGGAAUUAUGAAGUGACUACAGAGGAGACCUCAGAUCUGGGAUAUGAGCUGCACCACAGUGAGGAUCGAGAGCAGGAGCAGGGGCUCGAGGCAGAGGAGGGGCUGAUGUCGGCUGAGCAUUUCGUGCCUGCGGAGGAGCUGGGGGCCACAGAAGAGGCGCUGCCAGCUGAGGAGGGGGUGACGGAAGAGGCAGAGCUGGUGUCUGAGGAGGCUGAGGCCUGGGAAGAGGUGGAGCUGGAGCUGGAUGAGGCAACGCAGAUGAAUGUGGUCACGUCAGCCCUGGAGGCCAGCGGCUUGGGCCCCUCGCACCUGGACAUGAAGUAUGUCCUCCAGCAACUGGCCAACUGGCAGGACGCCCAUUACAGGCAGCAGCUGAGGCAGAAGAUGCUCCAGAAAGGCUCCCCAACCCUGCAGCAGUGGCAGCAGCAGGCCAAAACAAACACGGGGGGCGGGAUCGUGGAGGAGCAGCUGGGGGUGCCAACCCAGGACUUUCGGAGGCUGGAGGAGGAAAGGGCCAAUCACCCUCCCAGGGCCUGGGAGGAAGAGGGGCCUUCUGGGGCCACCCAGGCCAUUGGGACGAAAGCCUCUGCCAGCAAGGGCCACAGUCGGACCAGUCCCCUGGGUGAGUCUGAAGGCCGUGAGAGCCCUGCCUUGAGGAGCUCAUGGAGAUAUCAAAGAUGAUUUAGUGAUGCAAAUUAUCUUCUUUAAUCCUCACACCCCUGUAGGUAUGUAUUAUCCCCAUUUGGAGAGGAAACGGAGGUUCAGAGAGCAAAAUAAUUUGUUCAAGGCCACUGAACCCGUUUUCUUCACUGCUAUGCCAUAACAACUUUUCCGACCCAUCCCUCCCUCCCCUCUAACCCUGUCCUGGUGCCUUCUUGGCUUUCUGGGUGAGCUGUGAAGUUUAUAACCUGUUGGCAGCCUCACCAUUAUAUCUGAUCUGCCCUGACUCUGAUGGUCACUGCUGGGUGGCCUCAUCGGGGUCGCCAUGUAAGGUUGUGCAGGUUGUAAACUGAAUGGUGACCUCUAUGGCCGGGCAGCGGACAACCUUCAUAACUCUCAACAGUGGCUGUCUCUUUCUGAUAUAGCUGACCAGGCCUAGCCCCUGCCUGCUGCCCAGGCCAGACCUGUGGUCCUCAGGCCCCCAGUUCACAUCCACCCCCUUCUCUUCCAGGCUUUGCUGUUUCCCAGCAGCCUGCAGAGGCCCCACAGACAGCCUGAGGCCCCUCCUUCCGCUGUCUGGCCAAGCCCCACCCUCCCCAGACCUCCCUUCCCUGGCUCAGAAACCGGACCCCCGAUCUGUCACCAGCCCACCCGCUGUCCUGAUGAACCUGGGCCGGAACUUGAGGGCCCAAGCCUUGACCCUCUUCUGGGACAGGCUGAAGGAACCCCGGCCCUUGUUCUGUAGCUGGUGCAAAAGCUGUGGCUGCUGGGCCUGGAUCACUUGGUGGCCCCGGGGGCGUAAGAAGCCCAAGGGGUGUGAGAAGCCCAGGGGGAGGCCCACCAGCUACCAGACUCCGCUCUGAGCUGGGGCAGGGCUCAGGCCCGGGGUGUAGGAAGUUGUUUUGAGCACCUUGCUCACUACAUGCCCCUCACCCCUUGACCCCCAAAUCAAAGGUGGCUUCCCAGUCCUUGGUGACUUUUAGGGACCUGGUCGUCUGUCCCGGUUCUUGGCUCUUUCUUCUCAGUCCCUAAUUGCUGUGUGUAACCGGAAGCAUCUGUCUGUGUGGGCGAGGACUCCCUCUGCCCGGGAUGGGGGUGCAAGGCUCGCUCCCCUGCCCUCGCCUCCCCUCCCCACCUCCCCGCCUGUGGCCUGUGAGUGUCCAGGCUCCCUCCCAAGGCCCUGUCACUCCCCACCACGUCCUCUCCUCAGUGCCCCUUGUUUCCUUGUUCUAGAUGUUUCGCCCUUUCCCACCCCUUACUCAUAAACACCUGGAGUCGGGGGCGCAGGACCCCGUCGGUAUCUACCCACCUCCCCACUGUGCUUCUCAUGCUCCUAUUGCUUGUCAGCCCAUGUACGUGCCGGUGCAGGAAAUAAAGGACCUGUGCACUACCUG